AUGGAAAAUUUCAUAAAGCUUUGUGCAUGUUUUCCAACAAAAGGAAGUGAUCAAUUUGUUAGUGAUUCACUUAGAGUAGAAGAUCCGAUAAAUGAUAUGGAGAAACGCAAAGAUCUUUUCAGCAGUCAAAAGACUCGAAAUGAACGAGUCAAACGAGAUGAUCCGAAUGAAUACAUCCUUGACAGAUAUUAUGGACAUGUGCAUCAUUACUAUCUUGUUGAAAAUCAUCAUAGACAUUUCCUCCCUCAUCUUCAUCAUUUAGAUCAUCAUAUUUUCAUUCCUCUACACGGCAGUGGUAAUCGUUAUGUUCUUAAUCCAUCGUAUGUUCACGAUCACAACUACUUGAGUCACAUUGAUAAUUCAUAUUUUUAA